UUAACUUUCUCAAAGAAAUGUGAAUUUUCUAGUCUUUAAUUCACGGAUAAUAAAAUGAUAAGGCGUCAAGCUCGUUUGCGGAGGGAAUACCUAUACAGAAAAGCUAUCGAAGACAGAGACAAAACAAUCCUAGAAAAAAAGCAGAGAUUAAAACAAGUGCUCGAUGACAAUAAAGAGAUCCCAUCAGACUUGAGGAAGGAUGCAAUAAGCAUACAGAAAACCUUAGACUGGGAAGGUCCAGGAGGAGAAGGUAUAGUGAACCAUGUGGAUGAUGAGUAUAAAUGGGCCGGUGUGGAGGAUCCCAAAAUCAUGAUCACGACCUCCAGGGAUCCAAGCUCUAAACUCAAACAGUUUGCAAAGGAGGUGCGUUUAAUUUUCCCGAACAGCCAGAGAAUAAACCGUGGCAACUAUGAAGUGAAACAGCUGGUGGAGGCGUGUCGUUCUAACGACGUGACUGAUCUCAUCUUACUGCACGAACACAGAGGUGUUCCUGACGGCCUCAUAGUGUGUCACCUUCCGUUCGGGCCCACUGCGUAUUUCACUCUGUCCAACGUGGUGAUGCGACACGAUAUUCCCGACGUCGGAACCAUGUCUGAACAGUUCCCCCAUCUCAUCUUCCACAACUUCUCAUCCAGACUAGGAAACAGGGUGAAGAGUAUCCUGAAGUAUUUGUUCCCAGUCCCUAAGGAGGAAAGUAAGAGAGUGAUUACAUUUGCCAAUGAUGAUGAUUUCAUUUCAUUUAGGCAUCAUGUGUACAAGAAGACAGAGAAUGGAAAAGAUAUAGAACUACAAGAAGUUGGGCCUAGAUUUGAAAUGAAAAUUUACCAGAUAAUCCUGGGUACCAUAGAAAAUGUAGACACAGCUGACACAGAAUGGGUGUACAGGCCAUACAUGAACACUACAAAGAAACGCAAGUUCUUAUCCGACAACUAACCGCUAUACAGCUGUGUUAUCCUAAUGUUGACUGUUCACAUAAAUGCUGGAACUUUUAGAGUUAUGAUUUUGAAAAAUUUACGAGGCAGAUAUGAGAAGACAAUACAUGAACAUUACAAAGAAACCCAAGUUCCAACUAACCACUGUACAGUGGUGUUAUCCUAAUGUUGACUGUUCACAUAAAAAUUGGAUCUUUCGGAAAAAUAAUUUUGAAAAAUUUACAAGGCAGAAAUGAGAAGACAAUUUAGGGAAAGUGGUGAUUUCCCAUUUGAAGAUCGAUACAUGAAUGCUUAAAAGGGGAAUUCAUCCAUCCAUUGGACUUUUGUUUUCAAAGCCCUCUACAGCUGAUGUGUUUCAUAUUAAUAGAUCAGUUUUAAUGGCUGGCAUUUUAAAUGAAGUUUUAUUUAUGGUGGUUUGAAGAAUAUAUUCAUUAUAUCCUCAGUCCUACCAUAUGGAUAAAUGUAUUUCAUUCUGACAGAUUAUGCACACUUUUCUAUCAAAAAAACAGAUUGUUUGCUGUUAAACAUGAUUUGAAUGUGACCUAGACUUCUGUUUGUUUGGAAAUCAUUUCAUCAUUA